UUGGGCAAAUGAACGUGAACUUGAGCCAAGAAUUCAACAGCUGAAUGAACAGAUCAAGAAUCUUCAACAUCAGCUUCGAAGAACAGCUGCUAAGGCAGUUUUUGAUGGGCUAGACAGCGUUAGACGAAUUGCAGAGGAGAAACAGUUAAGAGGAGUGUAUGGUCCAAUUCUAGAGAUGUUCACUUGUGAUGAACGGUUUGAAACAGCUGCAGGAGUGGCAGCUGGUUCAAGUGUUUUUAAUGUUGUUGUUGAUUCACUGGAAACUGGUCAGAGAUUGGCCACAGUGAUGACAGCCAAUUCCUCUCGAUAUCCUGGUCAAAUGACAUGUUUGCCAUUGAACAACAUGAGGCCCAAACAAUUAAAGUACCCUGAUUCAGAUGAUGCCAGGCCUCUUAUUGAUAGGCUUCAGUUUGAUAAGAAGUUGACUGGUGUCAUGCAGCAUGUCUUUGGUAACACAUUGAUCUGUAGAACUCUGGAUGUGGCAGUAAGAGUUGCAAAAUCAGGAUUCAACUGCGUUACAUUGGAAGGUGAUCAAGUGAGUAAACAAGGUGGUAUGUCUGGUGGUUACCAUGACAAGCGACAGAACAGGCUGAAACUGCAGUCUAACAUCACUGCUAAGCAUCAAGAGUUUGCUGAAGCUGAUGAGAAAUUGAGUGAUGUGAAGAACCAGCUGAAUGCUGUUGAUACUAAGCUAACAAGAGCGCUGCAAGAGCUGAGUGGGAUGGAAACACAACAAGCUAGACACAGAGAUGACUAUGAAGCACAGAAAUCUGACAUAAAGGCACUAGCUAAAGAGCAGUCAUCUGUAGCACGAGCUAUCAAAGAGAAAGAGAAAAUGUUAUAUGAUGUUCAUUCACGCAUCAAAGCCAACCAGUCCAAGAAAGACUCUCUACUAGCAGAAAUGAAUUCAGAACUUCAGUCACAGCUUGCUGAAGAUGAGAGACAGUUGCUUGUGCGUUUGGAGGUUGAGAUUGAAGAAUGUCAGUCACAGUUGAAGGAAUAUAUUUCAAUCAAAGGAGAGUUGGAGAAGAAGAAGAGGACACUUGAAAGUCUUCUCGAAGAAGACUUGAAUAGACGUAGGGAGCAACUCCAACAGGUGGUGGAUGAUGUUUCUGUAGCUCAGCAGGUGAGAGAUGUCGAUCUUCUCAAGCAUGAAGAUGAGCAGUUGGAGUCUUUAACCAGUGAUUUGAAAGAGCAGCUUGCAAGACUGCGGGAAUCAGAAGAUAGUUUGACCAAGAAGAUUGCUUAUCUGUCAAAGUCACUGGAGAAGAAGAGGCAAGAAGAGAGUGACUUGGAGGCAGAGAUUCAGGAGCGACAGAAACAGUUUGACAAGAGGGCUUCUAAACGUGCUGCACUGCUGGCUAAAGAACAAGAGCAUGUGAAGAAAAUUAGGCAGCUUGGUUCUUUGCCUGCAGAGGCAUUUGAUAAGUAUGUGAGAGAGCCUUUGAGAAAUUUGGUAAAACUGUUGCAAACUACUAAUGCUGGACUUAAAAAGUAUUCACAUGUCAACCAGAGAGCAUUGGAUCAGUUUCAGACAUUUUCAGAACAGCAGGAGAAACUUAGAGAGAGAUGCAAAGAGAUGGAUGAGUCUCUGGAGUCCAUAAAUGAACUGUUAGAUACGUUAGAACAUCGAAAAUAUGAACAAGUCGAUCUCACAUUUCGGCAGGUUGCCAAGUAUUUUGAGGAAGUUUUCAAGGAAUUGGUUCCUGAAGGAAAUGGACGUCUAGUGAUGCAUAGAAGAGAUCCUGCAGCUGUAAUGGCUAGUCAGAGUGAGAGCAGUGUGGGAAGCAGUGGUAUACUUAGUCAGCGUGCCAUACCGGAAACAGAGCUUCUUAUUGGAGUAGCAAUACAGGUAACAUUUGGUGAAACUGAAAGUAUGCGUGAUAUGCAACAACUCAGUGGUGGGCAGAAGUCACUUGUUGCUCUUGCUCUUAUAUUUGCCAUUCAACGGUGUGAUCCUGCACCAUUCUAUUUGUUUGAUGAAGUGGAUGCUGCUCUUGACCCAAAACACAGAUCAGCAGUGGGAGCAAUGAUUGGUCGUUUGUCGGAGAAUGCUCAGUUUAUUACUACAACCUUCUGCCCCGAACUGCUGGACUCGGCCCAUUGUUUCUAUGGUGUGCGCUAUGCCAAUAAAAUAAGUACCAUUCAUCCAGUAGAGAAGGAAGGUGCGUAUGACUUCGUGCAAGAGGGCAUAGUGCCCAGUUAGUUUUACUUGAAGAACUGUGUGUGGAGGAGUGGAGUCGUGUAGUGGUAUGGAACGUGUAAGGCUAACCCAAGAACUUAUUGUUUGUGGUCACUUGUUAGCACUUUGACAUAUUUCCUAACAUAUUGUAUCAAAGUAUGGUUUAUUGAGAAUCGCAA